AUGGCACCAUGCGCCACCGAGGGCGAGCGCGCUUGGCUCGACAUCGACUCGCAUCUCAUCCGUGACGAGUCCGGCCAAUGGUGUGUCCGUUGUGAACUUUGCAACAAACACUACAAGCUAUGAAGGAACAAUAUACCACUGCACCAAAAGGCGAGGCACCUCUACUUCAGUGAGCGCAUAUUGUCCUAGAAGUGAGAUGGAGCGAAGUUCAACACAAGCUGCCUGGGGGGUACAGGUCACUCGACGCCCCAACUGUAGCACCGGAACAUGCACAUGAGGCCAAACGAAACCUGAAAAAACAUAUCAUUCGUAUACACAAGCACACGUUCAAUCCGUCUACGGUCGACAGUCGGUACAGAUGCAACGAGGCGGCGUUUGAGCUGAUCGGUACCGACCGUGAGGUCCAAGCGGUGAGUGCUAAACAGCUUUCCCAGGAGAUCAGAUACAAAAUAUGUGGAAUUCGGCUAAACCUUUGUUUAUGUACUUAUCUGCUCUGAUUAGGGUUUUGGCCACCUGAAGAAAAGAUACCGCCGGCAGUUGCAGGCCAAGCUUGACAGGUUGGAGGCGCCAGGGAAAGCGGACCGUGCGAGGCACGACGAAUGGGCGGCGGAAAGGGCGCGUCGGCUGGCGAUGGAACCCGAAGACAUCAUGAUUCAAGACCCAAUCCCCGAGGACGACGAAAAUUUGGCCUAUGAGGUCCGGGAGGAGAUCGACUACGUUGUGUGGCCUGUUUGGGAUGAAUGGGCAGGGCACAAAGGGAAUGGACAUCUGCCUCGGAGCCUGUUGACCGUGCUCAUCCAUUGGAGGAUCGUGUUGUUCGAUGCAUACGAUGACCAGAAGCGAAAGAGAGGUGGAGGGAGCGCGAGAGUUUUGAAGGAGUAUAGGACCCGCAUCCAAGACUUCGACGACAUCCUCGCGCGCAUCUUCACCGUCCCCAUCAACAUUGCCGCCGAACAUGAGGAAUCGCGCCUAUUCAGUGAAAUCCUUUCACCCCUGUACCACGAGUGCCAACGCCCCCUCCCUGAGGACGAAAUCAGGACCGACGAGGACCAGGAAGGGAGUGACCGCCUUUUAAGAUGGAUCCAAAAGGUGUACCGCCCUUUCCUCAGGAAACGUGUCCCGGACGAGUACUGGGAUCAGUUAGAAAGCGAACAUCGCACCUGGCAAGCAGCGCUCAGACCAUUUGCAACGACGGUGCUCGUCCACGUUCCUGAACCUCCCAAGCCGCCCACCGAUGCGGACCUCGAGCCCGAAAGGAAGAAGACCUGGGACUCCUGGAUUGUUGAGUGUGCCCACAGGUGGUUGGCGCUGUCGAGUGAACAGAGGGACGCGUAUUGUUGGAUGCGCAAGAAGGGGUCCGGCGGUGAGGGCGCCGCGUCGACCUCGGGGGCACGAGAGGAGGACGCGAUAGUAGAAGUUAAUGUGGCCGCGCACCAGUCCGCCCGCCGCGGCUCCCAAUGGGAGGGAGAACCGCCGCCGGCUUGA